AUUGCCUUUCAGUUUGUCGAUGUGCAACAGAAACUGACUGCAAACUACUGGGAUGCUCUGCGUUAUGCAAAGCGUGCCUUGGACGUUAUCGAAUUGGAUGCAGCUCGGGCUCAGCAUCAUCCCGUCAAGCGGGAUGGAGUGCAGCAGCCGAAGGAGCAGCACGAGUUCGAUGAGAUAACAGUGGGUACGCUGGUUGUGCACGAGGCAUUGCAGGCGGAGCGGAUUAAUGGGGUGGACAGACAGAAACCCAUCUACGAGUCGGUCAGCGCAGGUAAUGUGUAUGUGAGCGAGGAAUACAAGGAGGCGGCCAUGGAUCUACCAACGCCUGCAUUGGAGCAAUUGACGUUGCAGGAGCUGCUGCUGUCGGGUGAACUGAAUGGCCACGACUGGACCCAGCUGCUGGAUCAAACGCUGAAGCGACGCGGCAACGAGCUCCAAUUCAUCAAGGCAGCCGUCGACAUCAGCAACCUGAAGGCCGAAGCAGUCAGAGUCAACAGCAAUGAGAUCAACGAGCGCCCACUCGGCCAGCUGGUGUCCAUCGAUGCUGGUGACUACGUCGUGCAGCAGGACAUACAAUUCGCACAGCCUAUCGAGGUGAAUCGGCUAAGCAUCAACCAACGGCUCAAUCACAUACACGUAGAUCGGCAGCGCUUCGACGUGCUGCUCCACGAGGCGAACCACACCCAGGUGGUUGAGGGCACCAAGCGAUUCGAGAAUAUUCGUGUGCUGGAGCCGAUUACUAUUUCAGGUCAGCUACUGGGCGCCGAGCUGAGUGCUAUGUCGCCAAUGAAGGUUUCGGAUCAGUCGCUCGAACUGCAGGGCGACUAUGUGAUCGAUGGUGAUGUCACAAUUGGACAACUUCUGCAAAUGCAGGACCUGCGCGAUGCAUCCUCACAGAGAUCGGCAGUUGGAAUACUGCAGCAGGCACUGCACCUGGAUCAACCCUUAGAGAAUGUGAACCUGCGCUUUGAGCAGCCGCUGAACGCCAAUGAUACGCAGGUGAGCUUCAUCAAUGCCCAGGACGUGCAGGAGCUGGUACAGCUGAAUGUGGACCAGGUGCAGGUGAUUGAGGGCGCCAAGCGGCUGCCCCAGAGCCUUACCAUACGCAACGGCUUUGGCGAGGUCAAUCUGGUCAACGGCUUCAAUGUGGAGCAGCUACCGCAGAAGCUGCUGUUGAAGAGCAGCAACCAAAGCUUCAAGCAUCCAAUGCAGCUGGCCGGCUUGGACGCGCCCCACUUAAAUGCCACUAAGCUGCUGCUGAAUGGAAUGGAGUUGCCUGCAUAUAUGCAAUACGGCGAGGAGCAACGCUCCAAUAGCAGUUUGUAUGUGGAUCGGCUGCAGGUGGAGCAUCUCAGGGUCGAACAGCUGCACAUGCAUGGCCAGAUCUUUGGCCACACUCUCGAGGAGCUCUACAAGCAGGGCGCUCAGCGCCCGCACAGCUGGCAGCUGCCAGAACACUUCAAUGGUACGAUCGAGGCACGCAACGUGUGGCUCAAGGGGCACAUAAACAAUGCCGCCGUGGCAGAGGUGGAACAGCAGCUUCAGCAACUGGCGGGCAAUAUCAAAUACGUAGGCGAUUUCACCUUCCGCCAUGCGGUCAACGUGAGCGGUCUCACCUUUGGAGAUACUCUAAACGGUAUAUCCGCCCAAAGAUUCGGCCACUGUUGGCUAGAGAGCAGCGGACCGCAGCUGUUCACAGCCCCGCAAGCAUUUGCGUCUCUGGCCAGCGAUAAGGAUGUGCAGUUGAAGGGGCGCCUCAACAACUACACGCUGGAGCAACUGAUCAAAGGAAGCUACAGGUUGAAUGGCACGGAACACUUGCCCUCAGUAAAAUUUCUGAAUCCGAUUGUGCUGCAGCAGUCGCUGAGUGUGGGGCGUGUGAAUGGAUUGCGCGUGCCAGAGGAUAUGCUGUAUGCGCAAGGUGGCGGCAUGCUGCAGGCGCCAUUCAAGGUCAAAGGUCAUGUGGUGAUUUUAUCCCCGCAGCAGGUCUGCAAUGUAAACAGCCUAAAUGACUACCAGCUAGAAGCACUCAAGCAUUAUCUGGGAGGCGGGGCAACGGUCGAGCUGGACACGUUGCACGUGGAGCAGGCAGAGUUUGCAGUGCCCCCGAUCUAUGAGAAACUGAACGGACAUCAGUUGCAGCAACUGCUCGACGAGCUUUGGCUAGACAACGAGUUUGUGGAACUGCAAGCUGUGAAGCUGGCCAAUGCCAGCUUUAACGGGCUGCUGGAGUUUGAGGGCACACUAAACGGUUUGGAUGUGGAGCAUAUCAAACGCAAUUACUUUAGCCGUACGCGCAGUCAGCGUCCAAAUGUGCCGUUUAAUUUCGAACAUGACGUCACUUUUGCAGAAACGCUGACCGUCAAGCAAGUACAGCUACGUGUCAAAGAUGGCGCACUUGUUGAGGGCAUUGGCAAUGUUCCAUUAAAUUUCGAGGAUUUCGUGGAAAAUUCAUUAAAAACCUCUGGCCCACACACCAUUACAACACAAUGGCGUCUGCCUGCAGCUCUAGUUGGCGGAGAUAUAAAUAAUGUGCGUAUUAAUCAAUUAAAUUUCGUCGACGACGUUCUACGCAAGGAUAAUCCGGGCGUCACUGUAAUAGAUGCAUCCAAAAGAGCACAGAUUGCAACAAUUAAACGCCUCUUUGCCACGCCCAGCAGCACAGUAGCUAACGUUCCGAUUGCGAAAUGGAUCAACAAUACGGUUUACACCUAUGGUAAUCACACCAUUGCCGGCACCACGGUUAUGGAAACCCUGAAUCUCUACAACGACCUGCGAGUUGUGGGUCCAGUGAAUGGCGUUCACUGGCAAGCGGAUCAAUUGCUUCUCUGUGAUCGGGAGCAGUAUAUACGCGGCUCGCUGCUGGUGAAGAAUGCGUUGCCGGAACAACAGCGCAUCCUGAGUAGCAACAUCGAAGAACUCUGGGUGGAUAACAUCAAUGGACUGAAUGUGAACGAACUGCUGGUGAACAAGGCGCACAAUCGUCCCAAUUUGCAUGUAGCCAGCCAGCUGAUAUUCACUCAGCCGCUGAGCGUCGCCAACUAUGAGCUGGGGGAUGUGCUAGAUGGAAACAAUAAAUGGAAACGUGGAGUAGAGGCUGUGAACAACUGGCACCAGUUAAAUGAACAAGUGGCUGCAGUGCAGCAACGCCUCACAGCUCCUUCUUUUGUGCUGGAAGGCUUCGCUUUGCUACAACAGCUACCGCUCAAUGCAAGCCGUCUGGAGCUGCUGCAGGAGCCGAGCAGCAACACGGAAGUGCUGGCCAUUUGGCAUAGGUACCAAGAUAUGGAACAAUUAAAUGCCUAUGCUUGGCAGUCGGAGGAGCAGAAAUUCAUGUACAAUGCAAGCCUGGCGCAGCUAUUGCAACCCGAUGAGAAAUUUGCCAAUGCUCACAACGAUCGCUUUUCAACUGUCAAGAGCAACGCCCUGUUCCUAAGCCCCUUGCGUCUGCAUUUCCAAGACUGUUUAGCAGUGCAAAGAAACCAGCUUUCAGCACUCGAAAUCUAUUGUGCAGCCAAUGAUAGCAUUGACGGCACUAUCGUCCGGCAAGCCACGAUUCCAACUGGGCAAGUGAAACAGCUGAUAGAUCCAACCGCGGACAGUAAUGCCUACGUACUGGCCCUGCUUGUCGCCAACUCUGUGGAGUUUUGGCAGUGGACCUCGGGUGGCAACUACAUGCUGCAGCAGCGACUGUCCCUGAUGCAGGCCGAGCAAAUGGCGCUGGCGACGCACGAGAAUCGUAGCUUCCUGGCCGUGCUGACUGCAGCCCCAGCAGUCGCCAUUUACAUAUACAGUAAGGACAGUAAUGCGCUGGACUACCAGCUAGCACAAAUCUUUGACUUGGAGGAGUCUGGGCCACCGCGUCAGCUACUUCUCAUGCAUCUGCAAAAGUCCAAGGAUCUGUUGCUCUGUUUAAGCAAUGCUUCGCCCACACAAACGCUGCGAAUUUACCAGCAUCAAGGCGUGGCAGGCUUUCAGCAGCUUCUAGGCGAGAGCACGCUGCCUGCAGCAAACUCGCUGCAACGUUUGGAAUUAGCGGAUAAACAGAUUUUGGCUUUAUCCAAUAGCGAGGGCAUCUACUUAGUUGGGCCACAGUUUAUAAGGCUCUAGUCUCAUGCCAGAUUAAUUAUUUUGUAUGUAUUAAUGUUAUAUAUGUAA